AUGGAAUUCCUCACUCGGUUUGACUAUCAGAUCGAGUACAUUAAAGAAAUCACCAACAAGGUGGCAGACUGUUUAUCCAGGUACUACGAAAGCAACGAAGAAGGAAAGAUGCAUCCCUAUGACGAGUAUGUCAGUGCAGAUUACAGGAUAAAUCCUGAAGGUGAACCUACCCUUCCAUCGACUCAAGGAAGUACAAUCAAGCUUCGGGUGGCCAAAGCUGCCCCAAGUGAUCCACCUCUGACAGAACUAGAUCCUCUCAUCUUCGAGGAUGAGAGUUUGCAACCGCUGACCAGAGAUUUUGACACUGACGUCGAGUUCAUGGAGUGUGUAAGGCUGGGCUAUUUUGAGGAUGCAACGUUCUCGAAGAUCCUGGCUAAUCCUGCUCACUUCAAGAUCUUCAAGGUCUUCAUCAAGGAGAUUAUUCACGUCUAG